AUGAAACUCUCCGGCCAUCUUGUCAGCGCGUCUAUAGUGAGCCUUGCGGCGGCCGCAAUCGGUAACCUUCCAACUGCCUGCAAGAGUAGCAACCUAUCCUUCGACAGCUCAAAUGCAGAUACUCUCGCCGGUUGUGCAGGACUUGCUUACAGUUGCGAUGGCGAAGUCGUACAAGUCAAUAGCACGAAUGAAGCUAUUACGGCCAAUUGCACACCCCACCCGUACAAGAUCUUCAUCGAUGGGACCAUCAAAGGGCCGUUGGCAAUUCCUGGGAUGGCCGAAGCGUCUAGUAUCACCGUCAAUGGCAGCAUCGUACUCAAUUCACCAGCCUACCUCGGUGCCGUAUACUCCAGCAAUAUUACCAGCCUCGACCUACCAGGCCUCGAGAAUGUCGCAUCGAGCUUCAUAAUCUCCCAUGUAUCUUCACUCACAAGUUUGAACGUCCCAAAGCUCAAGAACGUCACCGAGAGCCUGGUAUUUGAUCUAUCAGAUGGACCAGCCAUCAAGCUUUCCUUCCCGAGCUUGUCCUAUGCCCGUAACAUAAGUCUGACUGGCAAUAUUGAUGCUAUUGAGUUCCCGGCUUUGAAUGAGGCGUUGAGUCUUGACAUCUACACAACGGGAAAGCUCGAUUGUGCAGCAUUUAUGAAGAAGGUCGACGCCGUGGUCCAUACUGGAGGCCAAGGUAGAACUUGUACGUCGCGGAUCAGUAAAGGCACCACCACCUCCAGCUCCCCUGCGCCUACGGACACGGGGGACAGCGUUAGAAUCGGGGUUCGCGGUGGGUUGUUGGCGUUGGCAGUCCUCUUGGCGUCUGUGUUGGCGUUAUAA